AUGAGUGACUACAGAGGAGGCAGUGGGAGGAGACUGCACCUGAGCGGAGGUGUCCCUGCCUCAGACAGAGCCACACAGAGGCCUUCUCACUCACACAGACAUGGAUGUGUUCAGGAGCAGGCCAGCGGCUCAGACCCAGCAGAUCACGGAGGAGCCACAGAGGAGUCCAGCGAUGUCCCCGGGACCAGCUCCUCUAACGAGUCUGAGGGGGGCUCGGGGCACGGAGCUCCCAUCACGACGCUGCCCAUCGUGACCUGGAAGUGGCAUCACGUGGAGGCUCCGUACAUCGUGAUGCUGUGGAUCCUGGUCUGCUGGCUCUGCAAACUGGGUGAGUCUCGACCCCAUUAG